AUGGAUUUCAGCUCACUAAAGGAUCAAGUCAGCAAUUUAACGCUGUAUGAUAUCAAAGCUGGUGUCAGAAAAGUGCAAAAUGCUGUGAUGAAUUACACCGAAAUGGAGGCGAAGGUUCGGGAAGCUACGAAUAAUGAACCUUGGGGUGCCUCCUCUACACUUAUGCAGGAGAUUGCAAACGCAACACAUAGCUAUCAAUUGCUCAACGAAAUUAUGCCCAUGAUAUAUAAGCGAUUUACGGAGAAAACUGCAGAGGAGUGGCGACAAAUUUACAAAGCCCUUCAACUCCUUGAAUUUCUAGUGAAGAACGGAUCAGAGAGGGUUAUUGACGAUGCGCGUUCUCACGUUUCUCUCCUCCGGAUGCUUCGGCAAUUUCACUAUGUUGAUCAGAACGGAAAGGACCAAGGUAUAAACGUGCGCAACCGAGCCCAAGAGUUGGCAAAACUUUUGAGUGAUGUUGAUGCGAUCCGCGCAGAGAGAAAGAAGGCAAGGGCCAAUCGAAAUAAAUUUGGAGGUAUCGAAGGUGGAAUGGGGUUGAGCUCAUUUGGAAGUGGUUCCCGAUAUGGUGGGUUUGGGAGUGAUGAAGCUUCAUAUGGUGGAUAUAGCGGAGGGGUGUAUGGGGACGGAGGCGGAUUUGGUGGUAACACUGGAGGAUAUGAAGACACAGGAAGAAGGAGCAAUCGCUUUGAAGAGUACGACGAGGGCGACGAUAUCUCUGCGACUCCUUCCACCGGGCGUAGGGCGAACACUACCUCCUCUACCACUAGUCGGCGAGAAACAAAAAAGCCGGAACCUGCCAAGGAAUCGGAGGCCUUAUUUUCCUACAACAGCGAAGAGCCUAUCGCAGACACGUCAAUUCUCGCGCCACCCAAUCAGUUAUUCGGUAUCUCCGAGAACACGGCAGCUGGAUCUCAAAAAAACAAGAUCAUUACCCAAAGCAACGCAGAUGAUGAUGACUUUGAUGAUUUCCAGUCUGCGCCCUCUUCUGCGCAAGCCGCGCCAUCGCAGCCACAGCUUUCAUCCAUGCCUCAUUCAACCCUCGCCGCUACGAUAACCCAAUCAGCCACGCAAUAUGCUGCGCCUACGCCCGUGUCGGGUACACAGGGUGCGAACCUGAACGGCAUUGUUGGGUUUACCUCGCCAUCGCCAAUUAGCAAUGCUUCUGCCACAUCUACCCAACGCCCAAACCUUAUCGGUACCGGUGUGUCGGCGUCAAUGCAGCCACAACUACCAAAGCCUACGGGCUACCAAGCGGUACAACCAAACUACUUCACCUCCGUCCCAGCACCACAACAACAAAGCUCCCAGGGCCAGAGCAAAAGCCCACUAUCAUCCCCUUCUAUUCCCGGUACCAACAAGCCAGCUACGAGCACAUCGGCGAAGGCCAGCGGAGAUGCAUUUGGCAGUCUCUGGACAGCCGCAAGCACCAAUGCGGGACUUAAGACGUCUACCUCUUCCCAACCCAAAGGUCCUAAUCUCGCCAGUAUGGCGAAGGAGAAGACAAAUGCAAGCAUAUGGGGCCCUCCUGCCACUCCAACUGCUUCUAGCCCAAGUGUGGGAAACAGUAAACCGCCAGCUCCGAAUCCACAGACCAGUGGGAAUGGGUUGGAUGGUCUGUUUGGAUGA